AUGAAUUUUUUUAUCAUUUCCACUAUUCUCCUAUUUUCAUAUUUACUAUUGGAUAUUAUAUUUGAUGAUUAUCUAUGGAGAAGAAAUAUUGAUUUUACAAUCUAUUUACAAAAAAAUACAUUCCAAGGAGAAGAAGUGCUUUUUUAAUUUUUCUCAUUAGUCAUUCAAAUACCUAUUUAUUUGGGAGGAUUACAAUUCAUGUUCUCAAGCAAAAAAGUUGAAUGUAUUAUAUACAUAUUUUUAUGCAUGUUUGGAUUUACAAGUAAUGGCUUAUUGAAAAAUGCAUAUCAUCAACCUAGACCUUAUUGGGUAGAAGAUGAAAUAAAUGGGUAUAUAGAAUAAUAAUGAUAUUUCAGUAUUGGUUGUAAUAUGGAAUUUGGAAAACCAUCUGGUCAUGCUCAAACUGCAGUCAUCAUAUAUUAUUCUUACCUUUUUAUUCUGUAUCCUUCCACCUUCAGAUGGAAUAAAUCGAAAGUGUCUAACAAAGAUGAUCAAAGUAACAAUGAUGAAGAACCUUAAUUCAAAUGUGGAUAAAUAAUAUUACUGAAUAUCUUUGCUUUUAUAUGCAUUUUUUUGACUGGACUCUCUAGAGUAUUUUUGGGAGUUCAUACUAUUGGUUAAGUUACACUGGGAUGGAUAUAUGGAAUCUAUAUAGUUUUAAAUUAUCAACUCUAUUGUCAUUAAUUCUUAUUGAAGUACUAUUAUUAAUUAUCUCUAGCUACAUUAAAAAUUAACUGAAAAUAAAAAAUGAAGAAGAAGUAAAGUUUUAAAGAAUGUCAGUUUCUAUUUCUGCAAUAUUUAUUCUUUCAAUUGUUAUUGAUGUUACCUUAUUGGAAUUAAAUAGAAGAGUAUUUAAUUAAAAUGAAAAUCAAAUUAAUUAAUGGUUAUUCAAGAUAACUUAAUGUAAACAUAAAGAUGUCGGAUAUUAUACUAAAAAUCAUACUAAUGUUUUAUAUAAUGGUUGUUUCUUACAUGGAACAUUAUUCUCUUUUAUCUUUUCUUUUAUUUAAGGAUGCUUUUUUAGUUAAGGUACUUUCAACUAGUUUGAGUAUUCUAAUUCUAUGGAGAAAAAAACUUUAAAUUUUAAGAUUUGUAGAUUACUAUUUUAUCUACCAAUGUUAUUACCUUUACCAUUAUUGUUAAUAUAGACAUAUAAUAUUUAUUUGACAUGUUUUUUAAUUGUAAUAUUUGUAUUAAUAUUAGUUCAUCCCUGUUGUAUUUUUUGAAUGUUGGUAUCUCACUUUAGUUUAUCCAAAAUUAUUGGAAAAAUGCAAAUAUUAAGUCAAAGGAGAAUUUUUAGAAUCAAAUAAAGAUUAUUAUGAGUAAUUAUCUUAAAAUUGA